ACGACGACGACAUCUCUCCGCACUCGACAUCGAUCCUUUGCACGACAUAGUCGGCUCCGGAUCAUCUUCAAGUCCAUCUCGUCGGCUCUCGUCAUCAGGCGAGUCAGCGUAGGAUGAGCCGUGCAGUGCUGCAAGCAUUGAUAGCGACUGUGUCAUUGCGCGCCGUCUUGGCAGUCGUGCCAGCCACAGCCAGCAACGCAAGCCUGCCACUCAAUGCGAGCACGGACUGGACCACAGCGAUAUACUGGCAAGAUGGCCUCUUGACGACAUCUGUUGCCAUGCUCAGACAAGCAAGCGCGAAUUCGGUUCCAUUGGCAGACAACGUGACGCUCGUGGGCUCGGACGGCAUGCGUGCGAACAAUGGCAGCUUAGCUUUGCAAUAUGCAGGCGUCCUUACACACUUUAGCGAUCUCGUGCCGAGUCCAGUGAGCAACGCGACUAACACCACCUCGGGCACGAACACGACCUCUGCGCCAUGGAUCGCACUCAUCUCAUGCGAUCCGUAUAAUCUCACGGAAAUCAAUGCAAACGCAUCACUCUCACAAAGUAAUAUAUCCUAUGUCACCUCCAACGCGUCAGUCUUCGACCUGGCAUAUCAAGCUGGCGCCCAAGCUAUCAUCCUCUACAGCACACUCAAUGGCACAUGUACGAUACAAGAUACCCAGUCACCCUUGACCAUCCUCACAGCACGGAAUCUGCAAAAUUCAAAGACGCUCCAGAUGACCUUUCAAAACGUCCAAGAGGACGCCUACUACUUCAAUGCAUCGAUGCUCAAUGGUACGACGAGUAGUAUCGCCACAGCUCUAAAUGCAACCCUACAAGGCAACGCGCAGACUGUGCCCACCUAUCUCCUAGCAUACCUGACCGCACCCUCAGCCAACUCGAAUGACUCGUCAACCGACCCGUUCUCGAGCGCAUCGUUUGGCCCCGCGCCGACCAGCAGUACAAGCACGCCGACACAGUCUCCUAGCUCUGGCGCUGCCACGCUGUUAGUACCCGCCACCGCGAUACUGUGCGCAUUAGGGGCAGCUCUGCUGGUCCUGUAGCAUGCAUUGCAAGCAGCGCUGUGGACAGGAUCCGAGACUAGCAACGAGGUGCACCCGUGUGACACAGAUUGAAGUUGCGCGCGCUUCCGUCGGCAGUAAUAGUACACGAGGCACCGUAAGCAUUGAUAUCUGUAGGAUUGAUGUAGAUGACCUG